GACCCCCUUUCUUCUUCCUUUGUCCCUCGGCUACUCAAACUCCCUUCUCCUCCCUUCUCGUUCUGGUUCAGAGAUUCUCUUUCUCUUUCUAGUGCUAGCUAGAGAGGUUCGUCAUUGCUUCUAGAUACAACAGAUUCAAGUUUUGGCGCAGAUAUACAUCGGUUCACCUGAGAGAAGAAGCUAUGCGUAACGGAAGUUCCGGACUGAGUUUACGGAGACGGGGUAGGAGGGUGAGUGAUCGUAGGUCGGUCCGGAUGAAGGUGAGAAAGCUCCAGAGGCUGGUGCCUGGUGGAAGAGGGUUGCAGCCUGAUCGGCUUUUCCUUCAGACGGCUGAUUAUAUUUUGCAUUUGAGGUUGCAGCUUAAAGUUUUACAAGCUCUUUCCAAGUUGUAUAAACCAUGAGUCUAUGGUGUACGGGCACCACACUAGUCGGUUCUUUCUUUUCUUCUCUUUGAUCUUUUGAUUAAUAUAUUUAUAUUAAAAAGAUGAUCGUUGUUGUUGUUCUAUCAGUUAUCACGGUUCCAUAUUCAUCAUCAUCAAGCUAGCUAUAUGUUUUUUUUUCUCUUCUCUUCUCUGUAAGUUAUAAAGCCUGAAAAUGCCAUUGGCUGUCAUGGCUUUUGAAGAGAGUCUGUCUUAGGGCCUUCUUUUUUUUCCCUUUCUCGUGCCUGUAGGUCGUGGAUGGAGACUUGGAGAAGGGAGUAACAUGGUGUAGAGUAGGAUCUAUCCAGUUCGGCAUUGAAUAAUUGGGUUUUUCUUCA